UCCGGCGGAUUAUGGUCUAAUCGCCCUAAUUUUAUUGUCGUUAUUCCUAUGCGUAUUAAUGACUUUGGUGACUCGGUGGGACACGCACGAUCGCAAAGACGAAUAGAGGACAAACCUUAUUUACCUUUCGCAGUAAUCGGCCAAGGAAAUCGAAUGCAAAUAUGAUGGCUGUACGCGACAAUGAUUAUCUUUUUUUGGCAAUUUUAUUGUGCUUUGUUAAUCACCGGUUAACCGCGAGGUAUGUAAAUUUCUACGAAGGGGCGUAAACGUUCCCAACUCUAUAAAUCAUUAACCCCGCGAUCCACCAAUCAUCAGUCGCCCGCCUGUGAUUCAAAAUAAUCUUUGGUGUAAUUUUAUUAACCCCGGUGACGACUACGUGUUAUUGUAUAGGAAGAUUUUUCCCGUUUUCGUAUCGGCGAAUCAAAAUGGUCAUUAAUAGUUCAGUUGUAUUGUUCGUUGUUGCGAUGGUUCUCCAGCAUUCCCAUUGUAAACCAACACAUCGAUUCGUUAGAGAAAAUAGCAACGAAGAUGAGCCUAGGAUCAAUAGAAUUAAAGAAUAUCUAAGCCAGUUACAAGGAUAUGGACCAUUUGGCUCUACAUCUCAAUCGCAAUCGUCUUCAACACCAACACAUCAGCCAGAUUCAUCAACAUCAUACCAGCCAGAUUUAUUAACAUCAAAUCAACAAGAGACCGCAGCUGGGCCUGAACCAGAAGAAACUAAGGUACAGCCUUCCAUAAUGGCUAGAGACGGAAGCACUUCAUCAACUGGAUUCCCGUCCUAUACAAAUUACAUGCCGAGUCAAUUAAGUCAAUAUCAAAAUCAAAUUCCCAACCCAAGUCAAUUUAGCCAGUACCAGAACCAAAUACCACAAUCGAUAAACCCAGGUCAUUACUUGAAUUCCAAUUCUGCAGGUGGAUCAGGUACAGGUCAAGGUCAAUAAACAAUGUCGACAUAUAUCAAAUAUACAUUGAUAAGAUUUAGAUAAUUUUGAAAAAAAAAUUUAUACAGAAAAAUAAACAAAUCUGAAUUUUUA